GGACUGUGAACUCUCAGUUGGUCAAACAGUGACGGUAUGUAGUCCGCCAGGUAGGACAAGACAGACACACUGUCAGUAGUCAGUCAGUCAGUCAGCCAGUCAGCCAGUCAGCCGGCCAGCCAGUCAGUCAGCCGGCCAGCCAGCCAUACGCUUCUACCAGUCAACCAGACGGCGGGCAGUUUGUGGAUCUAUCGUCUGGGACUCGGAGUGUGUGUGUGUGUGUGUGUGUGUGUGUGUGUGUGUGUGUGUGUGUGUGUGUGUGUGUGUGUGUGUGUGUGUGUGUGUGUGUGUGUGUGUGUGUGUGUGAGUGUGUGUGUGUGUGUGUGUGUGUGUGUGUGUGAGUGUGUGUGUGUGAGUGAGUGAGUGUGUGUGUGUGUGUGUGUGUGUGUGUGUGUGAGUGUGUGUGUGUGAGUGAGUGAGUGAGUGUGAAUGAGAGAGGAUGAAGCGGGGCAGGUGUUGUCGUGCGUGCUGCGGUUGGAUUCUCUCCAGAUGCUGCUGCCAGAGCACAGACAACUAUGCGAUGAGCGGUCCGGACGGGAAGACGGAGUCGGUCGCUAACCUGCAGCCUCACACCAGCCUCACCUCGCUGCAGUCCAGCUCGCCGGGUCCCAAGCGCUCCGGGAACACGCUGAGAAAAUGGCUGACCAGCCCCGUACGACGCCUCAGCCAGGGCAGCUCCGUCAAGAAGCUCCCCAACAACAAGAAGAAGACAGGACCCGGAACAGGAAGAGAGGAAGGCAGGAAGAGCAUUGACCUGGGACCGCCUGACCCCUCCCUGCAGGACGACCUCGCUGAUGAGCGAGUGCGCAGUAAAGAGGGCACUCUAUCCAAGUCCUCCUCAGGCAUGCAGAGUGGAGGUGAAGAGGAGCCGGACGAGGAGGCGCACACGCCCCUCCCUCCCCCCAUGGAGAUCAUCAAAGACCCCUCAGCUCAGGACGAAAAGUCUACCUCCCUGCUCACCUCCCUCCAGCCCUCUGCGGAGGUGCCCAGUGCUGCAGAGCUGGUUAGUGCCAUAGAAAAGCUGGUUAAAACCAAGAUGAGUCUGGAACCAGGAGCGUAUCCCGGCUUCUCCUCCCUGCCUCCCUCUGAGCACAACGCCUCGCCCCCGCCACGCAACCCCGAGCUGGAGCAGCGAGCCAAGGCUAUGAGGGGACGGAUGUUUGUUCUGAAUGAGCUGAUCCAGACGGAGAAGGACUACGUCAAAGAUCUGGGCAUCGUGGUGGAGGGCUUCAUGAAGAGGAUCGAGGAGAAAGGCAUCCCGGACGACAUGAAAGGAAAAGACAAGAUCGUCUUCGGAAAUAUCCAUCAGAUCUACGACUGGCACAGGGACUUCUUUGUUGGGGAGUUGGAGAAAUGUCUUGAGGACCAUGAACACUUGCCUCAACUCUUCAUCAAGCAUGAGAGAAGACUUCACAUGUAUGUGGUGUACUGUCAGAAUAAGCCCAAGUCGGAGUUCAUUGUAGCCGAAUACGACACCUAUUUUGAUGGUAUUCAGCAGGACAUCCAGUCCAGACUGACGAUCAGUGAUUUCCUAAUCAAACCAAUCCAGAGAAUUACCAAGUACCAGCUACUACUGAAGGACUUUUUAAAGUACAGCACCAAGGCGGGCAUGGACUGUGAACAGAUAAAGAAAGCAGUGGACUUGAUGUCUCAGGUUCCUAAGUUGUGUAAUGACAUGAUGAACCUGGGCAGGCUGCAAGGAUACGAGGGUAAACUGACCAGUCAGGGCAAGCUGCUGCAGCAGGAGACGUUCUUCGUGACGGAGCAGGACUCGGGUGUUCUGUCGAGGUCAAAGGAGCGCCGCGUCUUCCUCUUCGAGCAGAUCGUCAUCUUCAGUGAGCUGCUCAGGAAGGGCUCGUCCACGCCCGGCUACCAGUUCAAGAAGAGCAUCAAGGUGUCAUAUCUGGGUCUGGAGGAGAAUGUGGACAAUGACCCCUGUAAGUUUGUCUUGUCGUGUCGUGGCUCGUCAGAGCAUUUCACUCUGCAGGCCGCCAACGUGGAGGUCAAACAGGUGUGGGUCACACACAUCCAGGAAGUCCUCGAGGCCCAGAGCAACUUCCUGUCUGCCCUCCAGUCUCCCAUUGAGUACCAGAAGGAGAAAGGGGGGAGUAGUGGGACCUCCUCCCUGACCAGGAACCACUCCACCUCAGGCUCCAGGACCUCCCAGACCUCCUCUCAGAGCCGUCCCUCCUCCUCUGGGGGGCCUGGAGAGAGAGACAGGAUGAAAACAUCUACCUCGAAUGGUGCUGCGUCCUGUUUAGACUCCAGGCAUCAGAACAGUGAAGGAGGCUGUAAUGGCGUUUCGUCCACCAUGUUGGUGACUCAGGACUACUCGGCUCUUAAAGAGAAUGAGAUCUGUGUUGGUCAGGGAGAGACCGUCCAGAUUCUGGCAACCAAUCAGCAGAACAUGUUCCUUGUCUACCGGCCAGCCAACAGCCAAUCACCUGCUGCUGAGGGCUGGGUGCCAGGACACGUCCUGGGCCCGCCCACAAAACCCAUCAGGGACUCUUCCUCCACUUCAUCCUUUACAGCAGCAGCAGAUGUCAACAUCAUCAAGAAGUCUCUUUCGUGGAACACGCUGCGUUCCAGGAAGCGCGCUGAAGCCAAGGAGAGCGCCACGGGGGUCAAAGUUCAGGAGAAUGGCUUUCUCCGUAAGCCUAAAGAAACGGCCCCUCCUCCCGCCAUCGCCUCCUCCGCCACAGUGGCAAAGGGCAAAGAGGUUCACAGCUCUGAGGAGUCGGACUGUGAUGACGACUUGGACCCAAAGACUGGCAUGGAGCUGCUGAACCCCAACUUCAUCCAGGAAGUGGCGCCAGAGUUCCUCAUCGCUCUGGCCGACGUGGUGUGUGCGCUCGGAGAGACGGUGGUUCUGUGCUGUAAAGUCUGCGGCCGUCCCAAACCAGGCGUCACCCUGAAAGGACCCGACCAGAACCCCGUGGUCAACAACAGCCGCUUCACCAUCAACAUCAGGGAUACAGGCGACAUCUUGUUGAAGAUCUGUAAUCUGAUGCCGCAGGACACGGGGAUCUACACCUGUGUUGCUAUUAACGACCAUGGCUCCGCCUCCUCCUCCGCCUCUAUCAGAGUACAGGGUAUCCCAGCGGCCCCCGCCAGGCCGGUGGCUCAGGAAGCCAGCAGCACGGCGGUGGUGGUUCACUGGACUCCCCCCGCCUCCACCGCUAGCUGCACCGCUAGCAGCUACACCGUGGACUACCGCCAAGAAGACUCGUUGCUAUGGCAGCAGGCGGUCUCCUCCACCGCCGAGGUGUGUGUUCAGAUCGAUGACCUCAUCCCUGGAGGCCACUACCAGUUCAGGGUUCGUGCGUCCAACCGCUGGGGCAUCAGCCCUCCCUCCGAACCCUCCAACAUGGUCACCCUGCCCACCAGCAACUCCAUCUACGAUGGAGCAGCCAUUCCUUGGAAAGACAACUUUGACUCAACCUUCUCUGAGAUCUGUGAGAUUGGCAGGGGGCGCUUUUCAGUGGUAAAAAAGUGUCUGAACAAGACCAGCAAGAAAGAGGUUGCGGUGAAGUUUGUCAGUAAGAAGAUGCAGAGGAGGGAGCAGGUUGCUCGUGAGGCCGACAUCCUGUGCAGUCUGCAGAACCACCAGCUGGUGGCGCUGCUGGACACAUAUGAGACUCCGACAUCGCUGAUGCUCAUCCUGGAGCUACUGGAGGAUGGUCGUCUCCUGGAUUACCUGGUAUCUCAUGAUGAACUGAUGGAGGAGAAAGUUUCCUUCUUCAUUAAAGACACGCUGGAGGCCUUACAGCACCUGCACACCUGCAGGGUCGCUCAUCUGGAUCUCAAGCCUGAGAACAUCAUGGUUGACCUCCGCUCUGAGAUCCCGUGCGUUAAGCUCAUUGACUUUGGCGACGCUGUCCAGCUCUCCACCCACCGUCGUUACGUCCACCUGUUGCUCGGCAACCCUGAGUUCGCUGCACCCGAGCUCAUCCGUGGCACGCCCGUUUCCAUGGCAACAGACGUGUGGAGCGUGGGUGUGCUUGCCUACGUCAUGCUCAGUGGCGUGUCGCCGUUCUUGGACGAGUCUCCAGAGGAAACUUGUGUCCACAUCUGCCGUCUGGACUUCUGCUUCCCCGAAGAAUAUUUCAGCGAUGUGAGCCAGGCAGCCAGGGAUUUUGUCUCUGCAACGCUUCAGCAGGACCCUAGGAAGAGACCAAGCGCCACUUCCUGUCUGCAACACCCGUGGGUGGGCCGGGGAGGUGCACACGGUGGGGAGUACUCCAAGACCCCUCUGGACACAACCAGGCUGGCCACAUUCAUCGAGCGAAGAAGACAACUUCAUGACAUUCGACCCGUCACCAACAUUAAAGGACUGGUCAGCAGCAGCCUGGGAAACACUCUGUGA